CAAGGAUCUGUACAAGGACAUCUUGGUAGAGGACUAUCGGCCCCUCGCAUCACCAGGAAGAUCCAGUAAGAGAAGAACACCAGAGAGAUGUCCCAGUCCUCUUCUUCCACAGGAUCAUCAGCAUUUUAAUCAAGAUAAAGAUGUAAACAAUUUUAAAGCUACAGAGAUGUAUGUGAGGGGUGAUGACCAGAAUAAGGUGGAAAUUCCUACUGAGACCUAUGUGAGAGGUGAUGACCAGUAUAAGGAGAACAUUCUUAUUAAGACCUAUGUGAGAGGUGAUAACCACUAUAAGGAGGACAUCCUUACUGAGACCUAUGUGAGAGGUGAUGAUCAGUGUAAGGAAGACAUUCUUACAUAUACAUAUGUGAAAAGUGAUUACCAGUGUAAGGAAGAAAUUCCUACAGAGACAUAUGUGAGAGGUGAUGACCAGUGUAAGGAAGACAUUCCUACUGAGACAUAUGUGAGAAGUGAUAACCAGUAUAAGGAGGACAUCCUUACUGAGACCUACGUGAGGGGUGAUGACCAGUGUAAGGAAGAAAUUCCUACAGAGACAUAUGUGAGAGGUGAUGACCAGUAUAAGGAGGACAUUUCUGCAGACAACUGCCCAGAUGAUAGUACUUGGAGCUCAGAGGGACAUCUGAUAUCUUCAUAUUUUACAGCUGAUGAUUGUGGUAUCAAACAAGACACAUAUGAAGAUCGUGCCAUUAUCUCAGAUAUAAUCUCAGCUCUAUCAUCUGACCCUCUUCAACAUCCUCAAUCUUCUGAUUCAUCACAGACUGUUAAGCAGAAUAUAACUCACAGAAGAUGUUUUGUACGUCAAAGUGCACACACAGGGGAGAAGCCAUAUUCAUGUCCAGUAUGUGAGAAAUGUUUUACUCGGAAAGCAGCUCUUGUUGAACAUCAAAAAACUCACACAGGGGAGAAGCCAUAUUCAUGUCCAGUAUGUGAGAAAUGUUUUAUUCGGAAAACAGCUCUUGUUGAACAUCAAAAAACUCACACAGGGGAGAAGCCAUUUUCUUGUCCAGAAUGUGGGAAAUGUUUUACUCGGAAAGCAGCUCUUCUCGAACAUAAAAAAACUCACACGGGAGAGAAACCAUUUUUAUGUUCAGAAUGCGGGAAAUGUUUUACCAUGAAAUCACAUCUUGCUGAACAUCAAAAAACUCACACAGGAGAGAAGCCAUUUUCUUGUCCAGAAUGUGGGAAACGUUUUCGCAUCAAAUCAAUUCUUGUUACACAUAAGAGAACUCACACAGGGGAGAAGCCAUUUUCAUGUUCCGAAUGUGGGAAAUGUUUUACGCAGAGAUCAAAUUUUUUCCAACAUAAAAAAACUCACACGGGAGAGAAGCCGUUUUUAUGUUCAGAGUGCGGGAUGUGUUAUUCUCAGAAAGCACAUCUUAUUGAACAUCAGAAAAUUCACACAGGAGAGAAGCCGUUUUCAUGUCCAGAAUGUGGAAAAUGUUUUAGUCGGAAAUCACAUCUUAUUGUACAUCAAAGAACUCACAUAGUGAAGAUGCCAUUUUCGUGUCCCGUAUGUGGAAAGUUUUUUAGCCGCAAGUCAGCUCUAAUCGCACAUGAGAGAACUCAUACAGAAAAAACAUUUUUAUGUCUAGAAUGUGGGAAAUAUUUUACCAACAAAGCAUAUCUUCUGAACCAUCAAAGAGCUCACACAAUGGAGUAGACAUUUAUAACAAAAAAAAUACAACAGUUACAGUCAAAGUAUGAAUUGAUGAUUAUGAAUAGCGAUGAGCGAAGUUCACAAAAAUUCGAUUUGGCCGCUUCAAAAAAACUUUGCUGCAUGAUGAAAAACUUUAUCUCGAAGCGC